AUGAGGAGGCACCAGUGGGACAACAAUGGGGGAAAUGUCCAAUUCGAAGGCACUGCGACACAUUCCACCUUCAUUCAAAACAUCGGAGACCAAGACCGACAAAGCAGGGAUCGCUGCCGCGAAUACUUCGCAGUGACGGAUCCGCGCGACGUCAAGACAAACAUCCACCAGACAAGAGGGGCGCCCCUCAAAGAGUCCUAUGAAUGGAUCCUCCACCACCACCAGUUCCAGUGUUGGCGCGACGGUAACAACAGUAACGACAGUCAGGUCCUUUGGAUCAAGGGGGAUCCUGGUAAAGGCAAGACAAUGCUACUCUGUGGCAUCAUCGACGAGCUUAACCCGACCAUAGAAAUAGCAGAUUCCCAAGCCAAGACAUUCCUGUCUUUCUUUUUCUGUCAAGCCACUGUUCCUAAGCUGAGUAACGCUCAUGCUGUCUUACGUGGGUUGAUCUAUAUGCUUGUGGACACACAACCAUCAUUUCUCUCUCUUAUACAGAAAAGGUUCAAUCAAAAUGGGGAGCCACAAUUUGGGGGUGCGGAAGCAUGGGCUGCAUUGUGCAAUAUGUUCUUAUGUAUCUUGCGCGCCUGUACCACGGACAAGAUCUACAUUAUAGUUGAUGCUCUGGACGAAUGCGUACAGGACCAAGAUAAACUGUUACAGCUUAUUCUCCAGGAGACAAGGGGAUUACCGCACGUCAAAUGGAUCAUAUCCAGCCGGAACCACGUUAAUCAGCGCAUAAGGCUUGACGACUCGCAGUCAAUACUGAGCCUGGAACUGCAGGAAAACGCCGAAGCUGUGUCUCUGGCCAUCGGAGCUUACAUCUCGAACCGGUUAGCGGAACUUGAGUCUCUGGAGGAGGAUGAUACUUUGCUGGAAUAUGUUCAGCAGACCCUCGAGGAGAAAGCCGAAGGAACGUUUCUCUGGGUGGCGCUCGUCGUCCAGGAACUUCGGGGCGUUGAUAGCUGGGACGUGAAGCAAGUGGUGGAUGAAGUGCCGACAGGGUUGGAUGAUAUGUAUGCGCGAAUGAUAGACCAGAUCGAACAGGAAGCGCCUCGAACCCGAAAGUUUUGCCACUUGGUCCUCUCAGCUGCUACCCUGGCCUAUCGGCCGCUUCAGCUACUGGAGCUAGGGGCAGUGUCGGGACUCCCUGACGAGAUCGCCGGAAAGGCGAAAAGUCUUGUGACGAUGAUCAAGAGGACCGGCUCGUUCCUCACGGUCCGCGACGAAAGCAUCUACUUUGUGCAUCAGUCUGCCAAGGACUAUCUAAUCGGAAAGGGCGCGCAGAGUAUCUUCUCGGCUGGCCCUACGGUUGCCCAUCGCCGAAUGUUCACGCAGUCCCUCCAGGUCGUGAAGAAGGCGUUACGGCGGGAUAUGUAUAGCCUAGGAGCCCUGGGUACUCCUAUCAAGCAAGCCCAGCCACCUAAUCCGGAUCCGCUUGCAGUCGCACGAUACUCGUGUGUCUACUGGGUCGACCAUCUACGAGAAAGCGGAUCAUACGAAGAUCUCAAGGAGGGUGGUACUGUCGACACGUUUCUUCGAACGCAGUGUCUCUACUGGCUCGAGGCACUGAGCCUCCUGCGAAGCAUAUCGGAUGGAAUUAUGUCGAUACAGAGACUGAAGGAUCUCGUAUUGGAACGACCGACAGCAGCCAAACUGAGCAUCCUCGUCCAAGAUACAUAUCGAUUCAUUCUGUACCACCGAAUGGCGAUCGAGAACAGCCCCCUACAGGCGUACGGUUGUGGGCUUGUAUUUAGUCCAUCGCGGAGUUUGAUUAAGAAGUUGUUCUGGCACGAGCGGCCCAAAGAUGUCACGAUGAUGCCGAUAAUGGGAACUGACUGGGAUGCGCACACCGGGGCCUGCUUGCAGACGCUGGAGGGCCAUGACUUCUUGGACGAUCAAGAUCUGGGAUGCGCACACCGGGGCCUGCCUGCAGACGCUGAAGGGCCAUGGCAGCUGGUCAGCUCAGUGGUGUUCUCCUCGGACAGCAGUCGCGUCGCGUCCGGAUCUUAUGACAAGACGAUCAAGACCUGGGAUGCGCACACCGGGGCCUGCCUGCAGACACUGGAGGGCCAUGGUAGCAGGGUCACCUCAGUGGUGUUCUCCCCCGACAGCAGCCGCGUCGCGUCCGGGUCGGCCGACAGGGCGAUCAAGAUCUGGGAUGCGCACACUGGGGACUGCCUGCAGACGCUGGAGGGCCAUAAUCAUGAUGUCAGCUCAGUGGUGUUCUCCCCCGACAGCAACCGCGUCGCGUCCGGGUCUUACGACAAGACGAUCAAGAUCUGGGAUGCGCACACCGGGGCCUGCUUGCAGACGCUGAAGGGCCAUGAUCGGAUAGUCACCUCAGUGGUGUUCUCGCCCAACAGCAGUCGGCUCGCGUCCGGGUCGGACGACAAGACGAUCAAGAUCUGGGAUGCGCACACCGGGGCCUGCCUGCAGACGCUGGAGGGCCAUAAUGACGAUGUCAACUCAGUGGUGUUCUCGCCCAAGAGCAGCCGGCUCGCGUCCGGGUCGGACGACAAGACGAUCAAGAUCUGGGAUGCGCACACCGGGGCCUGCCUGCAGACGCUGGCGGGCCAUAAUGACGAUGUCAAAUCAGUGGUGUUCUCCUCGGACAGCAGCCUCAUCGCGUCCGGGUCUAGGGACAAGAUGAUCAAGAUCUGGGAUGCGCACACCGGGGCCUGCUUGCAGACGCUGGAGGGCCAUGGUAGCAGGGUCACCUUAGUGGUGUUCUCCCCCGACAGCAGCCGCGUCGCGUCCGGGUCGGCCGACAGGGCGAUCAAGAUCUGGGAUGCGCACACUGGGGACUGCCUGCAGACGCUGGAGGGCCAUAAUGACGAUGUCAGCUCAGUGGUGUUCUCCUACGACAGCAGCCGCGUCGCGUCCGGGUCGGCCGACAGGGCGAUCAAGAUCUGGGAUGCGCACACUGGGGACUGCCUGCAGACGCUGGAGGGCCAUAAUCAUGAUGUCAACUCAGUGGUGUUCUCCCCCGACAGCAGUCGCGUCGCGUCCGGGUCUUUGGACAAGAUGAUCAAGAUCUGGGAUGCGCACACCGGGGCCUGCCUGCAAACCCUAAAUGUUGGCAAUUAUGUGAAUAUUCUUUCCUUCGACACCACCAACUCCUCUCUUCACACUAGCGUUGGGAUUUUUCCCCUUCGUGGCUCAGCAACACCUAAUCCUAGGCCUCCGACUAAAGUGUCCGCGUUAGACCUCCAAUCACCUAGUGCAAAUCAACUGCCGCAACCCCCCGAAUAUCAAGGCUACGGUAUCAGUUUCGAUAGACUCUGGAUCACGCGGCGUUCACAGAACUGGCUCUGGCUGCCUCCCACCUAUCGCCCGACCAGUUCGGCUGUAGGAAAGUCCGGAAUAGCGGUGGUGCUUGGCUGCCCGUCUGGACGUGUUUUGAUCUUCGGAUUCGCGACUGGGGUGCCGACUGAGCGAUUCACGGCUAUGGUCAAUAGCCAGUUAAGACCCGAAGUAAAGGACAAUCGCACGCAAGCCUUGUCUUGCCACGCGCAGUGGUUUCUCUGGACGGCCGUGGUCGUCACCUGA